AAGUUCAGGAGAAGACUGGCUCAUAAAAGUUUGUUGUCCAGGAGCAAGGCAUCGAUACAGUAAACGAGCUCGUGCAAAAAAGAGCGUAUCAUCACGGUCCACAAGGACUGGAAUCUCAAGCAUUCCAGAUACAGAUGAUGACUUCACAGAGAAAACAGAAUGGAUGCCUAUUGUACCUUGUCAGGACUAUUCAAAAGUGCCAAGGCAGGACAGUACAGACUUGCAGUGGCUGAUAAGACUUCGUUGCCCAAGAGCUCAGAUGGAACAGUUGAUGCCAGAUCUGAAGCAAUCUUUUCCAGGAGUUCCUAGAUUCCUGAGUAGAUCACAAAGCAAGGUUUGCGGAAGUAGUCAGUUUGAAAAAACAAAAACAUCAGAGAGUUGGCUAACACAGAAGCAUUUGUCCAUUGCACAGGCUUUAGUUAAUGAAAGCCAGGAUGUUAUUGGUCCCAUUCAGUUCCUGCUGGAAAGAGAAAACUACUUUAUAAGGGAAGUAGACAGGUAUUUGAAGCACAAUGAUUUCUUAGCUCUAAGGAGAAGGGAAAUGCUGUACAAGAAAUGGUUUGAAAGUGUUUCAAGACCUCUGCUUCAGAAAAUUCAGGACAAAGUUGACAACCAGUCAAGCAAAGAAAUAGAAGAAAGGAAGCGAAAACAGCUCUCUCUUUAUCUAAACUAUUGUAAUGAGAAGGGUGGUGCAUUUUUAGAAAGUUAUAGUCCAUCGUCUUACGAUCCUUUCUUCCUGAAGACUUGUUCAGACUUUUGGAAGGCAUCAGUUCCUCCUUUGCAUGACCCCUUGUUAAAGGAAGUACAAGGAAGAUACAUUGAAGCCGGCAUUAUCCAGCAAUGUGACACAGGAAAAUUAUACUCCUCUAAAGAGAUGAAUGAACUGCAUAAGACUGAGCUACCACGGCUUCCUUUGAGUCGGCAGCUUGUGAACCCCAUAGAGUGGCUGAAAAUCCCAUUCCAGUAUAUGGAAAGUGAUGUUCGUCAAAGAAGCCGGAGAAAAAUGAGCACAACUAGAAACGUGAGUUCUAUGGAUUUCAAGAGCUGGGGUGACUCGGCCUGGCCUCCACUGAAGAAGAGAUGCCCCUCUGUCAGGAGAUCAGAGUUCACCCAAAUGCCCAGUGUUUUGUCAAAACAAAUAUUUACUGGCUCAUCAGUUUGGAAACCAACAAUAAAAUCGGCUUCCUAUUGA